CCAUUUCUUUCUUCAAUCUCCAUAAACACUUCCCAUCUUUCAUCUCUCAACUCUCAUCCAUCAUCUCUCAAGUUCUUAACAAUAUACAGUCAUGGCUGUUGAUUUAGUCGGAGUUCAAACCCUAGAACACCUCAAUCGCAUGUUCCAGUUAACCAAUCACGACUUCGCCGUCUCUUCUAAUUUCAAUCAAGCCGUCUCAGCCUUGAAACGGACCGGUCACGCUCGUUUCCGCCGCGGACCAUCAUCAUCAUCGUCUUCCUCUGAUUCACACGGUCCUUCUACAUCCACGCAAUCGGCGCCGGCUUUUAUCCGGUCAACGGAAGCGUCAAAUGAAUGGUGUUUUGGUAAGUCCGUAACGGAUAUGACGACGUCGUCGUCGUCUAGGUCAACAAACUCGUCUUCUUUGGUAUCUCCGUUGGCCAUAGGAGAAGAAGCCACGGUUUCAAACGGUAAACAGUUUGGUUGUUUAGGUAUAGUAGCUCCCGCGCCGGCGUUUUCGUCUCGGAAACCUCCACUUCCGUCGUCUCACCGGAAAAGAUGCCGCGCCGACCGUCCUUCAGUUUCAUUGCAAGGAUCUGGAACAAAACACCACUCCGUUUCUCGCAGUGGUUGUCACUGUUGCAAAAGAAGGAAAACCGCAUCAAAACGUGAAAUAAGAAGAGUUCCGAUUACCGGAUCUAAGGUGACAACCAUACCGGCCGAUGAUUUCUCGUGGAAAAAAUACGGCGAGAAGAGUGUCGAUGGAUCACGUUAUCCUAGAGUUUAUUACAAAUGCAACACCGGAAAAGGAUGUCCGGCGAGAAAGAGCGUUGAGUUAGCUUUAGAUGAUUCAAAGAUGCUUCUCGUAACUUACGACGGAGAGCACAUUCACCAUCACGAUCCGUCGCCGAUCCUGACAGGUUUGACCGGCGCAGUGGUACAGUCAAAGUGAAUUAGGGGACAGAGUGGGCCCCAGGCACUUGGCGCAAAUUUUCAGUAGUCAAUUGUAGCAGGCAAUGAAAGGACUUUAUUUUUUGGUUUUUUUAAUGGUGGAUGUGAUUUGUAUAUGAGAAAAAGGUUGAAAAAAGAUGCUCCUCGAAUAUGAAUGCGAUAUGGUUUAAAGACUUUA